CAACAUUUCAUCCUUUUACAAUCAAACCAAAACACCCAAAAUGGCUGACGGAGUUCUCUCUAACGUUGUCGGAAAUAUCAUUACCAAGCUGGGUUCUCGAGCCCUUGAUGAGAUCGGAUUGUGGUGGGGCGUCAAAGGUGAGCUUGAGAAGCUUGAGGCCAGGGUUUCUAGUAUUCGCGAUGUUCUUCAGGAUGCUGAGGAGCAGCAGAAACUUAACCGUCAAGUGAAAGGCUGGCUUGAGAGGCUAGAAGAAGUUUUUUAUGAUGCUGAUGACUUGGUAGAUGACUUCGCCACUGAAGCUCUAAGGCGCCGAGUGAUGACUGGAAAUAGAAUGACAAAGGAGGUAAGUCUCUUCUUUUCGUCUUCAAAUCAACUUGUUUAUGGUUUUAAAAAGGGUCAUAAAAUUAAGGCGAUUAGGGAGAGGCUAGCUGAUAUUCAAGGUGAUAGACAAUUUAAUUUUGAGGUUCGAACUGAUCAGGAGAGGAUUGCACGGAGGGAUCAAACUCCGUCCUCUUUACCUGAAGUGGUUAUUGGGAGAGAGGGUGACAAAAAGGCAAUUACAGAACUUGUAUUAUCUUCCAAUGGUGAAGAGUGCGUUUCAGUCCUCUCAAUUGUUGGAAUUGGAGGGUUAGGGAAGACGACUCUUGCUCAAAUCAUAUUCAAUGAUGAACUGAUUAAGAAUUCAUUUGAGCGAAGAAUAUGGGUGUGUAUUUCAGAUCCUUUUGAUGUGAAAAUGAUUGUUAGAAAGAUUCUAGAGUCUGCAACAGGGAAUAAAUCAGAAGAUCUUGAGUUAGAAGCACUGAAAUCUCAACUUGGAAGAAUUAUUGAUGGAAAGAAAUAUCUGCUUGUUCUAGAUGAUGUGUGGAAUGAGAAUGGAGAACAAUGGCAGAAUUUAAAGAGAUUAUUAUUGGGUGGCUCUAGUGGAAGUAAGAUAUUAAUAACCACUCGCUCUAAAACGGUGGCAGAUAUAUCUAGCACAAUGGCACAACAUGUGUUGCAAGGGUUGUCUCCGGAUGAGUCUUGGUCUCUGUUUUUGCGUGUAGCACUUAAGGGGCAGGAGCCAGAACAUGCAAAUGUAAGAGAGAUUGGAGAGGAGAUUUUGAAGAAAUGUUGUGGAGUUCCUCUUGCUAUAAAAACUAUCGCAGGUCUCUUGUAUGCAAAAAGUCCAGAAACUGAGUGGCCGCUCUUUUUAAGAAAUGAACUCUCAAGAAUAAGUCAAGAUGAUAAUGAUAUUAUGCCAACACUGAAGCUAAGUUAUGAUCAUCUCCCAUCACAUUUGAAGCAUUGUUUUGCAUACUGCGCAUUAUAUCCAAAAGAUUAUGUGAUUGAUGUGAAAACAUUAAUUCAUCUUUGGGUUGCACAAGGGUUUAUUGAGGCACCAAUUACCAGUGAUCAUCUCGAGGAUAUUGGGCGUGAAUAUUUUAUGAAACUGUGGUGGAAGUCAUUUUUUCAAGAGGUGGAAAGAGAUGGCUAUGGAAAUGUCAUAAGCUGUAAAAUGCAUGAUUUAAUGCACGAUCUCGCAACCACAGUAGGUAGGACGAGAAUCCAGCUAGUAAAUUUUGAUGCACGAAAUAUUGAUGGAAAGAUCCAUCAUAUAGCAUUGAAUUUGAAUAUUGCACUACAAAAAAUUCUUAAUAAUGCAAAAAGAGUACGAACAUUUCUUUUACUUGAAAAAUAUGAUUACAAUGAGCUGUUUAUUUAUAAAAACUUAAGGUGCUUGCGAGCAUAUGAUGUGAGUUAUUGUAGUAUUGAGAAGGUGGAUAGUCGUAUAAAAAUGCUAAAACAUCUAAGAUAUCUUGAUGUUUCUGGCAAUGGGAAACUUAGGGCACUUCCAAAUUCUAUUUCGAGUUUACUGAAUUUACAAGUAUUAAAUGUCACUUAUUGUCAGGAGCUCAAAGAAUUGCCUAAAGAUAUUAAAAAGCUUGUGAAUCUUAGGCAUUUAUAUUGUAGAGGUUGUAAGUCUUUGACUCAUAUGCCACGUGGGCUUGGGCAGUUGACUUCACUUCGGACGUUGUCACUGUUCAUAGUGGCAAAAGGGCAUAUUUCCUCAAAGGAUGUUGGAAAAAUAAAUGAAUUGAAUAAAUUUAACAAUUUGAGGGGACGUCUUGAAAUUAGAAAUCUGAGAUGUGUGGAUAAUGAGAUUGUAUAUGUUAAUUUGAAAGAGAAGCCACUCCUUCAAUCAUUGGAAUUACAUUGGGAGCAGAGUUGGGAAGAUUCAAUUGUUGAUAGAGAUGAAAUGGCAUUCCAAAAUCUCCAACCACAUCACAAUCUUAAAGAGUUACAUGUCGAUGGCUAUGGAGGCAGGUGGUUCCCAAGUUGGUUCUCUUCCCUCACGAAUCUUGUCAAACUCUUUAUAUGGAAAUGCAAGAGAUGUCAGCAUCUCCCACCAAUGGAUCAAAUCCCUUCUCUUCAAUGUCUACAGAUUUGGGGAUUAGGUGAUUUAGAAUACAUGGAGAUUGGGGGACAACCGACAUCAUUCUUUCCAUCCCUAAAGUCUUUCACGCUACAUGCUUGUCCUAAGCUUAAAGGAUGGCAGAAGGAGAGGGAUGACUCGACAGCACUUGAGCUACUCCAAUUUCCUUGUCUUUCAAAUUUCUCUUCUCAUUUCUGCCCGAAUUUGAUCUCCAUCCCUCAGUUUCGAUCUCUCGACGAAUCACUAAAUUUGCAUUACGCAAGCCCACAACUUGUGCACCAAAUAUUCACACCAUCAAUCUCUUCUUCUUCCUCAAUCCUUCCUCCUCUCUCUAAAUUGAAACACCUUUCUAUUAGUCACAUUGAAGAGCUCGAAUCUCUACCUCCAGAUGGACUGCGGAAUCUAACUUGUCUUCAAACACUAAGCAUUGGUACUUGUCCGGCAUUGAAGUGUCUGCCUCAAGAGUUGCAUUCCCUCACCUCGUUACGAAGAUUGAUUAUCGUCUCCUGUCCCCAAUUGAAGGAAAGAUGUGGAAAUAAAAAGGGUGCGGAUUGGGAAUUCAUUUCACACAUCCAAAAUAUUGACGUUGAGAGACAAACAAUUCAAAAGGAGGGCCGGUAUCUACUGGAUGAUGAAGCUUCGAUCAAUGAAGGAUAAGUUUUCAACUGUUGGAUGUGUUUCUUCCAAAAUGAGCAGUGUAUUGCUUUUGAGUUCGCUCAUCAAGCUAGAGGAAUCAUUUAUUUGUUUUUUACGCACUUGAAAUUCUAUUAAAUUGGGAAGCGAGAAACAAAUUCAAAGAGAUUUUAAAUGCAUUGGCAGAAGCUGUUAGAACAGACAUUAAGAAACCACAACUACAUGCCAUGGCAACAAUUACUUGACUGGCUUUGCACAGAAGAAUUUCCACACAUUGCAUGACUACUUUGAGACUCUCGCCAGAAGAUUCAUACAAAGAUUCUUUGUGCAGGGAUCGGGCACUAAAAACACAAUGAAAGCACUACCUUUCGUCCGUCUUCAAAAAACAAGCUAUACACUAUACAGUGACUUAAUGAUGGCUCUGGCUUGAAACGGAUUUCAAAUCAAUAGUGUGAAAAUCCUCCGGGUAGCAGUAUCUUCGUAACUUCACCUGUGGCGAAGCCGAAAAUGAUGGAGAUUCACUAAGCUAUGCAGGUCGUGUCCUUGACAUACUGGAAUUAAAGCUCGCAGGGACAAGUUUCUUAUCUUUCACAGUUUAGAAAACAACUCAAUAGUUGCUGGGCAAGAAGCAGAAUGAAGCAGAAUGAUGGAGUUUUGUUCACUUCUUUGAAUGACAUGCUCUUCUGUUUAUAUCAUCCAACAUGCAAUACUCAGAGUUAACCAUGCUGCAAUUUGUUUCUAAUUUUUCUGAUUUUAGGUACUUUUCCUAAUAAUAUGGUGUAAUAAUUUGUUCAUUCAAUGCAAAUAACAUCAUUUUCCCUUUUUUCCUAAGAAA